AUGACGCCGCUCUCCAUGAAGACACCUCCGCCAUCUACGUUGGAUCAGUACCCACCAACUGAAGCUUUAGACACCAUCAUCGAGCUCAAGGUCGGCCAGCAUCCGAAUAUCAAAUCCUUCUUCGUACACAAAGACCUGAUCACAUUUUUCUCCGGCUUCUUUCGUGCAGCGAUUUGCGGCAACUUUGCUGAGGCAGCCAGCGGCGUCGUAAACCUACCCACUGAGGACGCCGAUACGGUCGCAGCUUUCAUCAGCUUGCUUUACUUUCGCAUACUUCCUGUCUCCAGCGGUGAAACAUCAAAAUUCUGGCCAAUCUGUACACUGUGGAUACUUGCGGACAGAUGGGAGACACCCAUAAUGGCCAACGCCCUGAUUGAUCACAUGCGUGAUCAAGCCGUCACACUGUGGAUCCACCCGUCGAAUCUACUCAACCUUAUGUACGAAAAUGCGCUGGAGAGUCCAGGGCUCAGAAGGUUUGCCACCAUGGUUGUCGUAGCUGUUCUGUCGAACAAGAAAUUGAAGGAGAUGCAAGAGACAUUUGAGUGGUCUUCAGAUGUGAGACUUGGCAUUCUACAGGAGUUGUUAUCGCAUGGCACGGAUCGCAAGCUGGUUGGCCGGGAGGAAUUGGCCAUGCUAGAUCUUUGUCAGUAUCAUCAGCACAAGGAGGGUGUCAGAUGCUCGAAGUAA